CUCGAAUCCCAAUCAUGGUUGCUGCUGCAGCCGGAAGGCAAAGGCAGCAAAGGCGAUUGAAAGUGUUCUGUGUGACGUGCAGUUUUGCUCCAGACGAUCUUUUCUUCCCACUUGUUGUAACUGCUGCUAUCAAAGGAACAUGGUUUCUUUUCUCGUUUGCUGUGUGUCUCAAUUUGUUUUUCCAACCUGGCUGUACUGAUGGGAUAUCUGCUGCAUUAGCAGUUUCUGCAAUUGGAUUUACUUGCCUCCAGCUAUUGGCAUUUGUUCACAAGCUUGUCCUCCUACUGACUAGUGCAAGAGGGACAAUCCGGGAGCCCAACCACUCGUGUGUGCGGGAACUUCUCCUCACUGGAGUUGCAAUUUACGUAGUGGAGGUAGUGUGGGCUGUAUACAGUGUGGUAGCUGUGCUCACCAGAGUUAUUGACGGUGGUACUCCUUGUGAGAGACUUCGGAGGCCGAUUGCAGCCUAUGUUUUUCUUGUAUGGCUAAACUGGCUUGAGCUGGCAGUACUUGCGUUGGUGUACUGCAGCUGCUUAGAUCGCUGCAAGUGCUUCUUCUGUCACGCUUUGUGUUCUUUACAUUGUCGUCAAAACGUUACUUCCCAAGCUUUACCCAAUAGUGUUGGCGAUUGGAAUGUUGAAGCAAACAUCAGAGUUUUACCAACCAGUCGUAGCAUUAGUGCGUCACAUUUGUGUAGCAUCAUGCGUGAAAAGCUCUGCACAUGCCGUCGUGAUGGCCUCAACAACUCUAAGAAUGUUGCCCUACUGGAUUUGUCCCAUGCUAUGGAGGUGCUGUUCCGUGAUAUGGAGAUCCACUACACUGCACUAGAUCGACUGUCUGGAUGGAUACUGGUUCAGAAAUACCACAGCCAGCUGCUGAGGCAAGGGGAAAGUAGCAAUGUUACUGAAGAACUGCUAAAGGCAACACUUCGGUUUCUGAAAAAGAAAGGAGUGAUUGACAGGUUUCAUGAGAUCAGACGACCACAGCCUCUUGAAGGAGCAAACAAGUUACCUGAAACUCUACUCUACUACUUUUGGUUUGCUAUGGCAGCAUAUGGUUGGUCUGUAAAGGUCUUUCUUGAGCCACUCUCUGGAACAUGCACACUCUGCAGAGGUGCAAGGUGCUCAUGUUGUGUCAGAGAGCAACAGGUGGAUGAAGUUGACGGACGGGGUGGACUGUUUCUUAAAUCUGCUGAGGUGGCAAGCAUUGCUGGGAUCAAUGUUGAAGAUGUUGUCUUAGGAAAGACUGCCAAUGAUAUACACUGCCCACCAUUCUUUGUGUGUCGUACUGCCCGCCGUGACAAGGUGACUGGGGAGACAAGGAAAGAGCUGGUUAUAACUAUCAGGGGCACACUUAGCGUCAAGGAUGUUAUGACUAAUGUCACAGCGUCAAUGAGGGAUGCCACUAAAUGCCAGGAGUCCCUAGUCGAAAAGUGGUUCGAACUGCUGGUGAAGACAAAGCUCACAUUCCUGGGAGUUCAGGAUGCCUAUUUCCACACUGGGUUUUAUAAGUCGGCUAAAGUCAUCCUUAACAUUCUUCGGAAAAGCAAGUUAUUCAAGGACUUAGUUGAAAAGGAACACUAUCGUGUGGUGGUGGCUGGACACUCACUAGGUGCUGGUGUAGGUGCAGUGCUAACUCUACUUAUCAAGCAGAAGCAUCCUCACUGGGCCGAUGGACUACAUGCAUACUUGUACUCUAUACCAGGGGCAGUCUGCAGCUAUAAGCUUGCUGAGAGGGCAGAAGAACUGGGUGUCAUUACAUCUGUCGUGGGGGCCUAUGACCUUGUGCCACGAAUUUCUUGGCGAGCUCUGACAUACCUGAAGCUGCUAGUCAAAAAGGCUCUUGAAGAAACAGAUUUGAAGAAGCAAGAGAUUUUGUGUUGUGGCAAUGUUCCACACUGGGACCCACCUAUUUUUGGUGGCAGUGUUUACCCAGUGGGGUUGAUUGACGAGCGAUCAGGAGCGGCCACUCCAGAUUUUCUUGAGCUGCAAGAGUCACUUCCAGUUAUUCGGAGGGGCACGUGGGAUCAGGUGUCAGAGAAAAGGAGGAAGAAGGAGGCAUUGGGUAGCCGUACAGAAGGAGCAAGUUAUGGAGAGCCGGAGAGAGAAUUUGUGGAGGAUGAAGAUGUGGAGUUUCAGGAGAGGAGGAGAAGUGAAGUGAAAUUUGACAGAGAAGAAAGUGUUCAGGUUCUCCACUGUUUGACCGUACAUAUAGAGCUGGAAAAUCACCUAAACACCGCCGAGGAGCAGCUGGGACCACCUGUACUUGAGGUCCAUAUCGAAGAGGAUGAACCAAAGAGGGAGAAUGAUCCAGACCGGGUUGAGAAAGUUGCGACUGAAUUCUUGCAGGAAGACACUCGCCUAGGCCCACUUAUGUUUAUUCCUGGCCGAAUAUUGCAUAUUGAAGAAGGCAAGGGAAGUGGAGCCACUGCCAGGUGGUGUGGAGUGAGUUUUCUUGGACUGCGGUGUUGUGGCGUACGCUGCAUACGUGAUAGACAGGUCAGGGCAAGCUGGAAGGCCCGAGAAGAUAUGACCGGAAUAAUUUUGCACCACGACUGCAUCGUUGAUCAUAGCCCUCGCAGACUGUUUUCAAUGCUGAGUAAUCUUGUGAACCAGAUGGAACUGCAGGCAGGAGAUAAGCAGUCACCCAAUGUAUGUAAUGAACAAAAUUUUCCCGAACAAGACAGAAUAGAAGCUAAACGACCCAACAGCAGCAAUGGAAACACUCAGGCCAUGAACUUGAUGGAAAUGAUUUUUGCAAUACUGCCACUGUUGAAGUUUAUGAUCAUUCAGAACUUUAGGGCAUUGGUUUAUGACCCUUUGGAUGCCAUAGGUAUCUCAAAAUAAUCAUGUAUAAAUGGCAAGUAUUGUUAAUUAUGGAAACUCUAGACACGUGCAGCUGGUAAUCAUUAGUUUUCAAAAAACAGCACAAUAAUAAUUAUACAUGAUGACGUAGCACACAAUGCUUAGAAAAUAACGAUCCUAUUUCUAGGAGUAUCAGAAACGAAUACAAACCCAUCCGAAUCUAUAGCAAUCCCGUCAGCACUACUUUUUGAUUCUGAAGCGGCACACAUGCUAGCAAAGCGAGUUAUGAAGUGACCUUCUGUGGUGAACACUGACACACCACCUAAGUCGGUAACAAAUAUCUCGUUUUCAACGAUGUGCAUAACAUUCGGUUCCUUUAGACCUGCUGUUGUUUCUGUGUACCAUUUGAGAGUACCAUUGUGUGAAAAACACUGAAUACGGUCAUUGCUGUAGUCCGUAACGUAGAAGUUUCCGCUGGAAUCAAAAGCAAUGUUGUCAGGCCAACAGAAGCGCCCUGGUAUGCUUCCAUGGGAUCCAAAAGUAGAAGAAAAGGUAAGGUCAGGGUUGAACACAUGGAUGCAGUGUCUGUCACUGUCACAUACAUAGAGCAUGCCACUCGGGGACAUGCUAAGGCCAUUGGGAGUCUGAAGGUUGUCCUUGUUUGUCGCUGUAGACCUUACAUAUUGCCCAUCAAGCCUGAACUUGUGCACUUUGCCGUUCCUUGGGUCACUAACAAGCAAGUGUGUACCAUAAACAAGCAUUUCUGAUGGCCACCAGCUCUCGAUUUUUCCAUCUCUUGGGAAAAUUCCACUCUUAACCAGUGGCUUGUUGAUGUUCUCCAGGUCUAAAAUACAGACUCCUUCUGCUGUUCGGCAAAACAUGCGCGUAUUGUAGAUCUUCAGACACCCUGGCUGUUGGAUAUCGUUGAUUAUGUGCACCGGUUCACCCAACAUGUGAGGUGGGCACUCCACCAAAACAGCAAUUGGCUUACUUCCAAUGGCUAUAUCAUUCACCUUCGCUACUACCUGACAUUGUCCCCUAGUUCGCACAUUGGGAGAGAUACGUGAUUCAUAGGAUGAGGGACUCUGCUCUACAACUUUUCCAGCGAGCUUCUCCCCAAAUCUAAUGCAGCAAAGCUCUAGAGUGACACACUGCUGAAGACGACACCCAUCGCCCUCGGAAUCUUUCAAGGAUACUGCGAUAGUAGUGACAUCACCAACUUUCAUAACGCUGCUCACAUGCACUGCACAUUUCAAAGGAUCGACCAUUCGGUAAGGACACAGGUAGCGAUCACAUAAAGCAUCUAUCUCCACUAGCAAUCGCUGAUCUAAUACUUCUGGGAUCAAUUCAGCCUGUUGCUGGUCGAGUGAGAGAUCGUUAAUGCGAGUGUUCAUCUGCUCCAUCUUAUAGACCAUCCCCCUUUGCCUAGCGAUGAACUCUGCGUACCCCCAAAUUCUGUAGCCCGCGUUCAACCAUGCUCUUAACUGCACUCAUUUCAGAUGAAAUCGCAGUGAGGCUUGCUUCGUUUUCAUCAAGUUCCAUCACUUUUGCAUUUGCGGCAUCACGGAACUGUUGGAUAUUGCGCUUUUUCUUUUGUUCGACCAUGCUCAGAACCCUAUCAUACGACUCUGCAAUUUUGUCACACACAACCUCACAGCUCUCUUCCGCAUUGCAGCGGGUCAUCUUGGCAUCAGCUGCACACUUUUGUACCAAUGGGUGCUUUUUCAGAAGUGCAUUCAGUUUCUGUCUAACCAUGUCGCGGUGAUCGUCUGCAGCCACUUCCAGCUUGUCGUAAGGGUGGCUGGAAUGCUUACCAAAUAAAAUGCAGUCACGGCACACAACCUCCUCACAGUUUCGACAGUACACGUCCAACAUUUGACCGGGAUGCUGGGUGCAGCUGGACUGGCCUGUGUGAGCCCGAGGAGGGGGUGGGGUGACUGGGCCAUCGUGUCCCACCCUGGCCCUUCCUCGUUCUUCGUGCCUCAUCUGACCCACGAGUUCUAUUAAGCGGUUGAGCUUGAAGGCGGUUGGAAGUUCCAACACACCUUCUACUGGUACGUCAGUGAACUUCCGACAUUCGGGACAGGUUAUGGUCGGAGAAGUGCCCCUUCCUCUCGAUACAAAGCGCUUCCAAACACUUCUUGCAAUAUGUAUGCUGACAAGAAAGAACCCGAGGGUCUUCAAACGUAUCUAGACAUAGAGGACACGUAAUCUCUUGCUGGAGGUGCUCCAAAGUGUCCAUACGAGUGGCCAUCGUCCCACUCACACAAUUCUGGCCCCGCCCAAAAAUGGCGUGCUAUAUAUAAUAGCUAGCUAGCUA